AUGAAGAUCCUUAAGUUAAAUUUACACGACGAAGGAUUAGAGAUGAUGAUUAUACUUAUUGCUAAAACCUUCUUCAUGGUUACAUGUAACCACGUUAAUGAAGUUGGUGUAAGCAACUCCGAGCUUGGUCGUUUGGCUUGUACAGUAUCUUUGGUCCUUGAUAUUGUUGCAUUUUUAUUCAAUUUUGCGUGGGAAAAUAUUACAAAGCCUGUAAUCGCCGGCGACUAUUGGCACCCACUCAUGACAAUUGGUACCUACAUUUUGAUGUUUACAGUUUGCAGGCCAUUGGUGAUUUACAUUAUUAGUUAUACACCAGAAGGCGGUCAUGUAAAAGAAACUCAUUUCUUGGCUAUACUCUUAACUGUUCUUUCAAUACACUUCUUUAGCUUACAAGUGCAUCAAUUUCUAGCUGUUUUCUUGUUCGGAAUCUCUCUUCCUGAAGAACCAUUGUCCUCGAUUUUGCACGAGAAAUUGGAUGCGAUUACUUCAUCUCUUUUGUUUCCUCUGUUUUCUGCUGUGUAUGGAAUAAGAGCAGAUUUCAACUCUCUCAACCCAAACUCCUUUAAAAUAGAGCUUAUUUUGAUAAUGGGUGCAUUUGGAAAAUUCUUCGGAACUCUUGUUUCUUCCAUGGUUUUUGGUGUUCAUCUUAGGACUGCUCUUGCUCUUUCAAUCAUCAUGGCUUCAAGAGGUUUUAUUAGUUUGAUUACCAUUGGUCAAUAUCGACUACAAGGGGUAAUGUCAAGAGAACAGUCAACAAUAAUGCAAAUGCACAUUCUUUUUUUCACCGGAGCGUUGUUACCCCUUGUGAGACACAUAUAUAAACCAUCAACACGAUAUUCAACAGUUAUAAGACAGGGUGUGAUUACUUCAUCGGAAACAGGCACUUUACAAGUAUUAUCAUGUAUUUUUAAGGAAGAAAAUCUACCCGGAAUUCUACGCCUUCUACAAGCUUUCCACCCUAGUACUGAAAAAAACCCUAUACCCGUGAUCGCCCUUCAACUCAUUCCACUCAAUGCCGCUGGUGUAUCGGUCCCAAUCCUCGCCCCACUCCACGAGAUCCAAUCCUCGCCUGCUUACCGGUCUAACCUCUCUCGAUGCAACCGCACAGUAAACGCCUUAGUAAGCGUUGUGCGCAAGACUAAUGGCGCCAUUCACCCACAACAUUACAUUUCAGUAUCUCCAUACACGGCUAUGCACAACGACAUAUGUAAUGUAUCACAUGACAAUCACGUGAAUCUCCUCGUUCUACCUUUCCACGCACAAUGGACUGAUUAUAAUAGCUCCAAAGGGUUCCAGGAUCCGUCCCAACCUAUUAGAGACGUUAAUAAGAUGGUGUUAGAUAUGGCACCUUGUUCCGUAGGCAUACUAGUUGAUCGAGGAGAUCAGAAUUUGGCGAACCUUAAUGAUGGGUAUCGUGUUGUUAUUUUCUUCAUAGGCGGGGUUGAUGAUCAAGAGGCUUUAGCGUUUACCACUAUAUUUGCAAACAAUCCAAGAAUUAGGCUCUCCGUUGUUAGGUUGAAAUCGAUUACAAAGACUCAAAGUAAUAAUGGCGAUUGUGAGGACAAUGUCGCCAUUAAUAGUUUCAAACUCCGGUGUGUAGAUAAUGAGAGAGUAUCAUUUGAAGAGGUGAUAGUUAACGACGGUGGAGAAACAACAAAUGUUCUUGUAAAGAUGAAAGAUGAGAUUGAUUUAGCGGUAGUUGGUAGAUAUCAUGAUCCGGGGUGUAAUCAAUUGCUCGGACUUUCAGAUCGGUGGUGUGAUUAUCCGGAGUUAGGGACUUUGGGUGACAUGUUAGUGUCGUCGGAGUUUGGGUUUUCCAUUUUAGUGGUACAAGAGUGA